AUGUCGAAUAUGUUCUCGAAAUUCUUCCCUCUCUGCUUCACGAACCUUGAAUCAAUGGAUGAAUUAGUGGAUGCGUUCAAGAACUUCAACCAACGUUGUGAACUUUCUUCUUCAUCCUCCGACAAGUCCCUUUCGACACCUUCCACUCGCACCACCGCCAUUAUCGAGUACUUCGAAUCCGACUCGGCUCCAGAUUUCGCCGCCGUAUUUGCUUCCCAGUGUUUCUUCUUCUCUUUGCCAGGUCGAUCCAACUCCAUCAUCGAGUCACCCGAUACAAGGCUCGAACCCGAUACUAAAACACCGACGGCGGUAGAUGGAGGCUUUGUGGUGAAGAAGUACUCCCUGGACCCGUACAAAGAUUUUCAAGUCUCGAUGUUGGAAAUGAUCGAAGCGAGGAACUUAACCGAUGUGAACAAGGACUGGGAGUUCUUGCACGAACUACUCCUUUGUUACCUCACUUUAAACCCAGAAAACACCCAUAAGUUCAUCGUCAGUGCUUUCGCCGACAUUGUUGUUUGCUUACUCUCGUCAGCGGAAUCCGAUACACCAGAAAACCACGACCGGUGAUACUCUCUCUGUAC